AUGGUAGGCAUAUCUGGGCGCUCCAGAGGAUGCGUGACUUGCCGGAAGAGGAAGAAGAGAUGCGACCUCCAACGACCGGAAUGCAGACAGUGCCAAGGACGGGAUACAGCCUGUGGAGGCUACGAUCUAGACCGCAUUUUUGUCUAUCAAACCGGCAGAGGAAACGACUUUGCCGCGAAAAAGCCAGUUCCCAAUCCUGACACUGGUGCGACCCCCUCUCAGCCGCUCCAGAGAAAUCAGAUGUUGCCAGUCGGGUCCGUGUUAGAGUCGAAGGUAUGGAACCCGCGUCAACCUCCGUCCAUUAUUCUGCCGGACGCCUUUGCGCGGUCUGCCUACACCGAGAAGGUCAUGAGUACAUUCAUUCAGAUGUACCUCCCUCGUGGGAGGCUAGCAGCUGCAGACGCAGAGGGAAGAGAGUUUGUUAACAUGCUUUCACUGCUCACUGUCCGCGACCAAGCCCUACAACUUGCUGUUCAGGCCAUAGGGACCGCGGCGCUUGGACAAUCGACUGGCGACGAAGCUCUCACCCGGCAGGGUAGAGUACUGUACGGUGCGGCUCUAUCAGAGACAGCGGCCGCUUUGCGCGAUUCUUCUCGAGCGAAGAGUGAAGCCGCACUUAUGGUGCCUCGGAUCAUGGCGCUGUUCGAGGUUCUCUUCGGUGCUGAAGCCAGCUCGCCCGCCCGAGCAAAGAGCUGGCUUAGCCAUGCUAUUGGCGAGACCGCGUUGAUCCUCGGCCGUGAUGCCGAAGCAUACUCAUACACCGAUACGGCUCACUCGAUGUUCGUCAACACUCGGUUCAGGCUCGUAGUCAGCGCGGUUCGCACCCGAACGGCGACUGUGCUGAACAACAAAGAGUGGAAGACGUUGCCUUGGAGGAGCCGAGUCAAGACGGUGAACGACACUCUGGUCGACAUAUUUUGCGGUGUGCCCGAACUCAGGGAAGCAGUGGAAACUCUAGGUUCAUCAGCCUUCAGUGAGUCGAAAGCCGGAGAGCUUCGCAGGCAUACUGUCGCCAAGGCCUGGACGCUCCACCACCAGCUGCAAGACUGGCUUGUCGCCAACCCAAGAGCGAUCUACACGCCAACAGCGCCCGACUGUUUCGAUAGAAUCAAUACCAUCAAGCCAAUAUCGUUUCCACAUUUUGAGUGCGCAUGCGGAACGCUCCGAUACUGGGUAGUAGCACUACUUAUCUACUCCCACCUCGACACCGCCAGCGGUAUCUCACCUGAAGACGACUGGUCGACCGAGCACAGCGACCGACCACACCCACGGAAGUACGCUCGACUCAUCGCCCGCUCAGCGCCUUACUUCUUCCAAGAACAGCACGGCCUUACAGGUGCGACGACUAUGUCUUUUCCACUGGGUAUGGCGCUACUAUACAUGAGCAGAAACGUUCCGGCAGAUUCGCGAUACAUCAGCAUGGCUAUGAAAGCGUGGGAGCAACCGCUGCUCGCAAGCGCGGUGCGAGACUUUCUGGCAAGCAUGACCAAGACUCUCAUACCGCCAUCACUAGCAGCGAAAUCAGGGGGUGAGCAAUGA